AUGUCCCCCUCGCGAGGCCUCCUACGCCCAACCCACACCUUCAGCGCGCUGUUGACCUCUCCAAUCAGCACGCAGAUCUACCUAUCGCUCUCCCAAAGCCCGCACCUGAACCUCGCGCUCGAAAACUACCUAUUCACGUCAUUACCGGAGACGACACGGACACUGCUGGUGUACAUCAACACGCCCGCGCUGAUCCUCGGCCGAAAUCAGAACCCAUGGGUGGAGACGCACCACUCGCUCGUGCUGCGCACGCCAGGAGUCCACCUGCUCCGCCGGUUCAGCGGCGGCGGCACCGUGUUCCACGACCAGGGCAACGUUAACUACUCCGUCACUGUGCCGACCGCGGAGUUUAACCGCGAUACGCAUGCGAAGCUCAUGGUGCGUGUGCUGCGGCAGCUGGGCGUCGCCGGCGCCGCGGUCAAUGCGAGACACGAUAUCGUGAUUGAUACAGAGGUCGAGGGGAGUAGGAAGGUGUCCGGAUCGGCGUAUAAGCUCACGAGGUUGCGGAGUUAUCACCAUGGCACGAUGCUGCUCUCGACGGAUUUGGAUAGGGUCAAGGAGCUGUUGAAGUGUCCGGCCAAGGACGUGAUCACGGCCAGGGGCGUCGCGAGUGUGCCCAGUCCCGUCACCAAUACUGGCGUCGACGCGAAGGAGUUUGUCAGUGCUGCGGUGGAGGAGUUUGCUACCCUCUAUGGGAACGCUGGGAUUGCGGUGGUGGGGGAGCAAGAGGCCAUGGAGAAGGAGCUGGUAAUGAAAGCUGUGAGGAAGAUGGAGAGCCAGGAGUGGGUUUAUGGGCAGACGCCGAAGUUUACGAUGCGCUUGCCCGUGGGUGAGGUGGUCGCGGAUAAGGGUGUGGUUGAGGAGGUUAACGGGGUUGAUGGGACGGGGAUUGUGGGACAGAGGUUUGGGGGAGAGGUUGUCGAGACGCUGCUGGUUAGGGGUGGCAUGGAGAAGGAGGAGGCGAAGCGGUGGGCUGAUGAGAUGGUGGGCGGCAGGGCGUGGGGCACUGUUGCGGACACUGUUGCGGACACUGGUGCGGACACUGGUGUAGUCACUGUUGCGGACACUGUUGCGGACGUAGACAUGUAG